UUCUACUCCCGCGAUCCUCUUCGACUGUCACUCCCCACUGAUUUCCCUCUGAGCACCCCGCCUCCCCCGCGCGCUGGCGGCGUUGCUGAGGCUGCGUCAUGUUACGUUGCUAUGCUGUUGCUUGCUGGAGCUGCUGCAGCAGACUGGUUCGACUGCCUAGGUAACUUACGCUAACUACGGUGGGAAGCGUUUUAUUUUCACCACCAGCCUUUAUUUUUAUUUUUUAAGGAGAAGGGAUUUUAACUAACAAGCGACGUAUGUGUUCGGAGGAGCGGUGUCUCCUCCCCGAGGUCGCUUUUGUUCGUGGCCCCAGUUUUGGAAUAUAUUGUUGUGUUUCUGGUUUGCCUUUUCGAGGCGUGUGAGAAAAGAGGACGGAGGCCCGCAGUCUGGUGUAUGUGUGUGACUGUGAAUUCAACACGGGAUCUUAAUGAUGUAGCUGCGGGGCUCCAGCAGCUCAAUUGAACUGGAAUUGUUUACUUUUUUUUUUUUUUUUUGUAUUUUUGUUUUCUGUUUUUAAUUUCACUCCAUAAAACUGGAACCUCCUGGCGCUGUUUAUGAAGACCUUGUGUGGACAGUAAUGACCGCACGCUUCCGAUUGCCUGCCGGCAGAACCUACAAUGUACGAGCAUCGGAGCAGGCACGGGACAGACAGCACACAGAGGUGCUCUGUAAUGUACUCCUCCUGGACAACUCUGUUCAAGCUUUCAAAGUUAAUAAGCACGAUCAAGGACAGAUCCUGUUGGAUCUAGUCUUUAAACAUCUUGAAUUGACAGAAAGAGACUACUUUGGAUUGCAGCUGGCAGAUGAUUCUACUGACAGUCCGAGGUGGCUGGAUCCAAACAAACCCAUUAGGAAGCAAUUAAAAAGGGGAUCUCCUCAUUGUUUGAACUUUAGAGUCAAAUUCUUUGUAAGUGACCCAAAUAAACUACAGGAAGAGUACACAAGGUACCAGUAUUUUUUGCAGCUGAAGCAAGAUAUUCUCACUGGAAGGUUACCUUGCCCGUACAACACUGCAGCGCUUCUGGCAUCCUAUGCUGUUCAAUCUGAACUGGGAGACUGUAACCAGUCAGAGCACUUGCCUGGCUACCUCGCCGAUUACUGUUUCAUCCCAAACCCUCCUCAAGACUUUGAAAAGGAAAUUGCAAAACAACAUCAGCAACACAAAGGCUUGUCUCCAGCAGAGGCAGAAUUGAACUAUGUUAAUACAGCGCGCACAUUAGAAUUCUACGGAGUCGAAUUACACUAUGCAAGGGAUCAAAGUAACACUGACAUUUUGAUUGGAGUCAUGUCAGGAGGGGUUGUAAUUUAUAAGAACAGGGUACGAAUCAACUGCUUCCCAUGGUUGAAGAUUGUAAAAAUAUCUUUUAAAUGUAAACAGUUUUUUAUUCAGCUCCGAAGAGAACUGCAUGAAUCUAGAGAAACGUUAUUAGGGUUUAACAUGGUCAACUAUCGCGCUUGCAAGAAUCUGUGGAAAGCAUGUGUGGAACAUCACACAUUCUUCCGCUUGGACAGACCUCUGCCUCCACAGAAGAACUUUUUUGCACAUUACUUCACAUUGGGGUCAAGGUUCCGGUACUGUGGCAGGACAGAGGUACAAUCUGUGCAGUAUGGCAAAGAAAAAGGCAUCAAGGACAGAGUUUUUGCCAGGUCCCCGAGUAAACCAUUGUCCCGGAAGCUGAUGAGUGGAAUGGACUGGGAUACGGUGAGCCGGAAUUCCCUUUCGGAUGAGCGGCUGGAGACACAGAGCCUCCCCACACGCUCCCCCCCUGGAACCCCUAACCAUAGGAACUCCAUGUUUGCACAAGAAGGAACCCGCUUACGACCGUCUUCCGUUGGACAUUUGGUUGGCCACCUGAUCCACACGUCGCCAAGUCAAGUCUUUGCCAACCACAAAUCCCCCUCCUCCACGCAAGCAAACAGUAUCAGCCUGGACUCCUCCUCCCCGUCACAAGAUACAACAAUAGAUGGCCAGCCUCCAGCACUACCACCCAAGCAGUCAAAAAAGAACAGCUGUAACCAGAUCAAUCGGUGCCACUCCCAGCAGGAGCUGGAUAACCACAUUCAUGAAAUGUAUGAUGUCCCUGUCGCAUCAGAAAAAUCAGUGCUAAAUGGUGUCAUUCCGCAUGACAAUCUUGUCCUGAUCAAAAUGAGUCCAGAUGGAAAUGGCAGGUUUGGGUUUAAUGUGAAGGGAGGUUCUGAUCAGAAAAUGCCUGUGAUUGUCUCUCGAGUGGCACCUGGAACAUCAGCAGACCUGUGUGUCCCUCGCCUGAAUGAAGGUGAUCAGGUUGUAUUGAUCAACGGCAGGGAUAUAUCAGAGCACACCCACGACCAGGUCGUCAUGUUUAUUAAAGCAAGCUGUGAGAGCCAUUCUGGGGAGCUUAUACUACUGGUGCGACCCAACGCCAUGUAUGAAGUAGUGGAGGAGAAGCUGGAGAAUGAGCCAGAUUUCCAGUACAUCCCAGAGAAAUCCCCCCUGGAUGGAGUGCUCCUGCAUGACAAUGCGCUGAGAGAGUCCAUGUUGCAGCUACGGGAAGGGCUGAGCAGCGGAACUGUUCUGCCUCAGUUUGAUCAACUUUACAGGAAAAAGCCUGGAAUGGCAAUGUCUUGUGCCAAAUUACCUCAGAACAUUCCCAAAAACCGAUACAGAGACAUCUCACCUUAUGAUGCAACACGGGUUAUUCUAGAGGGUGCAGAUGACUAUAUCAAUGCAAAUUAUAUUAACAUGGAAAUCCUUUCUUCCAGCAUCAUAAACCGGUACAUCGCCUGCCAGGGUCCUCUGCCCAACACGUGUUCAGAUUUCUGGCAGAUGACGUGGGAACAGAGCUCCUCUAUGGUGGUGAUGCUGACCACUCAAGUGGAGCGUGGCAGGGUAAAGUGUCACCAGUACUGGCCAAACCCUGGUGGAAGUGCUCAGUACGGCAACUACCAGAUCACUUGUCUGUCAGAAGAAGGAAAUUCAGCCUUCCUGUUCAGAGAGAUGACUUUCACACACUCCGAGACUGCGGAGAGCCGGGAGCUGACUCAGAUACAGUACAUGGCGUGGCCGGACCAUGGCGUUCCUGACGACUCCAGGGAUUUCCUUCACUUUGUAAGCCUGGUGCGGAACAAGAGAGCAGGCACGGAUCAGCCACUUAUUGUUCAUUGCAGUGCUGGUAUUGGUCGGACUGGAGUCCUCAUCACCAUGGAGACAGCGAUGUGUUUGAUUGAGUGCAAUCAGCCAGUGUAUCCAUUAAACAUUGUGAGAACAAUGAGGGAUCAGAGGGCUAUGAUGAUUCAGACACCAAGCCAGUACAGGUUUGUUUGUGAAGCUAUCUUGAAGGUGUAUGAAGAAGGAUUGGUUCACCCUUUAAAGUCCUCACUGUACGAGUAACCCAAGGACACAACGAUUCACUGUAGAGAGCUGUCUGUUUGCUUCACAGCUGAAGACUGAAUUGCCAGCAGCGUUUCUGGGUGCUAUAACUGGCUUUCACAAAGCGCUGCCAUCAACGAGCGGAAGAGCUUUCACAAAGCGCUGCCUACACAUAUCAACGAGCGGAAGAGCUUGGAUUUUUUGAGAAAAUCUAGCACUAUUGCACUUUAUAUUAAAAAGAAGAAAAAAAAAUACUAGAUGAUGAAUGCGUUUGAUUGAGAAAAUAUUUUAAUAUUGUGCUUCUUUCUAAGAUGAUAGGUACUUUUAGGGAUAAAGAGUUCAGGUUAAAUCCAAUUAAAAUAUUUGGCUGUAGUACCAUAAAGGUGAGGGUAGCCCUCUCAGAUAACCCUAUUUGCUUAUGCUUAAUGUGUAGUUUGCCCACUAAUUCAUUUAAAUCUUAAAGAUUUAUAUAUGCCUUUUUUUAUCAUAAUUUGCAACAAAAAAUAUAUAUAUUUUUCAGAUUUUAAUUUGGUUAGUUUAAUUCAGUUUCCUCGAAGGAGUACAAGGCUGAAAAAUAACAUUUAAAAACCCAAACAAACGAGAUCCUGCAGAUUCUUUAGUAGGAUGAGUUUUAACAUUAGAUAGUGUUUGCUUGUCACUUGAAAUAAUCAGUAGUAAGGUACUGACUAACACUGGUACUGGGGAAGCACCUUUGCUGUGCAGUAUGUGUCGGACUUGCCUUAGGCAUUAAGGGAGUCCUGCUGCUUCUAUUGGCAGUUUGUUUGGAUUAGCUGUGGCUGGUACAUAUUUUUACAGUGAUUUGACAAGUGUCAUUUCUAAUGCCAAAUGCUGUUGUUGUAUUAGUAAAUAGACAAGUCUGCUGUUCUGUUUUAAAACCCUUGCCUUGUACUGCACUCUGAGCUCUGCACUGCUUUAUAUCUUUUCAAUAGGUGUGCUUCUUGAAUCUGCCUGUGUUUUUGAAGAUACUGGUAAAAAUCCUUUACAUCGAAGCGACCACACACACAGAAACCCAGCUGAAGCUUGUUAAAUAAGCUCUUGUGAUUGGUUUGUGAAGUUAACAGACACAUCAAGUCCUGGAGAUGCGUAGGCAAUUCAGAAUAUUUUAUUUUAAUAUUUGUGUGUAGUGCAAUUAUUACACGCUGUGGCAGGGUUUUUGUGUGGAUGGUCAUGCAUCGUACAGUAUAACAGUUAUUUAUGUUGGUUCCCUUUUUAGUGAUACUACACCUUUUACACGUUGCUUAAAUAGAUUUUCUUUCUCUCUCAGUGCUCUUAUAGUUGGUCCAGGUUUACAAAUAUGAGUUUGUGCUUUCCUUUUAGUAAUUUAUUACAUGUGUUGUAAUGGUAAUCAGAUCCAGCAGGUGGCACUGUUAUACAAAAUAUAUGUAUAUAUAGUGGUAAUACCUCCAUCCAAAAACUGUACUUGUUAAGCUUUGAUUGCAGUAUUUUCUGGAAUGUGAUUUUCUUUGAAUAUGAAUGGAUGUCACUUUGUAGCUUUUGAAAGUUUGGUUAAAUGUGGAAAAGUUUUAAAUGUGCAAAUCUUUAAAGUUUCAUUCAUAAGGUUAUUUCCAUUCCAGAAACACGACUAGGUCCUUAUCCGGUUUGUUUUGUGUACAUUACCUAGGCCCAAAGGCUAAAACAAAAUGCUAUAUUUUUAUGCUGUAUCCUAUCCAAGUAGUGAUGCCACCCCAUAAACGCUUCACCUGCACAGCAUGAUGAGUCGACUUGCCACGCUGUGACUGAAGGACACAUGCUUUGGCUGACUGCAUUGCCCAUGGAUUCCAGGGGACACUCCCUGUCAGACAAGCAAGCAGUUUUCAGCUGAGACAGUGGCGUGCAAUGUGCCCAGCCCUCCUCUAAACUGAACAACGUCUUGCAGUGAAGCAGCUACUGCACAUGCAUGUAUUUACACCCAGGAAGGAAAAAAAAUAAAUAAAUAAUGAACAAUUCCCAUGUUUGAUUUUGUUAAAACCUACAGGCCUUUUAAUGUAAUGAUUUGAAAUGAAUCUUUAAUUUUAUUAAUAGUCUUAUUAGUGAUUUGUUUAGCAAAUAGUGAUGCUUACAUGGCCUGCUAUGGUUAUAGAUAGUGAUCUGAAAGUGAAAUGUUUUUUUUUUAUUAUUAUUUUUUAUAAUAACCCCAGAAAAAGACAUUCGAAAAGUAGUUCCAAUCCCAGGGUUUGAGGUAAACGUUUGCCCUAGGUAUGUAUCGAUAUUAAUUUGCUUAUUGAAUAUAUGAAGUAAUCUGUAUUUAUAGACUGGGUAGUAUCUUGCAAGUGCUUUAUGUUGCCAGAGUUAGGUAAAUGUUUUUGUUUUCUUUUUGGCAGCUUGAAACUCCCUGGCCCUGCUGUAAAUACUGGAAGUUGAGGUGGGGCCUGACAACUUCAGUUGUUUUAACUGUCAAACUAUUUUGUAACACUCUCAUUGUAAUGUGUUUAAACUGAAUACCUUAUAAGCAAAUGACAAUAGCAAGCCUCUCGAGUGUCUUUUUUGUUUUAAAAGGACUGUUUGGGUCUCUUUUUUCACACAUGUUAAUGUCACAAAGCUCCAAAUGAUCUAGUUGCCAUUUGUUUGUGAAAAUAAUGUUUUUGAGACUAUAUAACAUAAACAGUAUGAUUUGGUUCUUCAAUGUUUCCUUUAUUGAAAAAAUAUAUAUAUGUAUAGAAUAGCAUAACCUGUAUGGUUGUAAGCUGUCUGACAUUUCUUUAGGUGCCAAUUUUAGGAUUUUUCUUUUUUUUUAAAAAAAAACAUUGAUUAGAUGGAGAAGCUGAUUUUAUAGAGGUGACCCCACUCGUGGUGCUGCCAUUGGCUUCCAUGUUCUGGAAAUAUUGUAACUGUACAGUCUUUCAUAAUGCGCUUGUUUUUUUUGUUUUGUUUUUUAAGCGGGAUACAGACCAUGUUUUUAAGUCAGUUGUAUUAAGUUAUUGAAUUUAUUGCAUUUGUAUCUGCAAAGCAGUUUACAGUACAGAUGCUAUUUAUGCCACACGUGUCCAGGUUGCCAGCCAAUGGGUUAUGAGUUAUAUUGGGGACUAAGUGCCGGAGUAAGGGCUCCCAGGGGUCAGUGGAAUCCACUGCUCCAUUGCUUUGAAAUCUAUUGCUUUGUGAUGACAAAUAUAAGAUAGCAGGCCAGUUUCAGCUAAUGCCUUCAUCUGUGUGAUCAUAAUUUUUUUGAUAGUAAAAUCACCCUGGCUUCACAAAGAAUUUAUCAAAACGAACCCAUUAAAAGCAACUGUUGCAUUUGUGCACAAGUGUGGUGUAAAUAGGCUUUAAUAAGUAGCUACUAUGGAAUAGAUAAUACAGACGUUGUGAAAAGCUCUGUACUUUAUUGAGAGUCUGAAGGAGGAUAGAAGCAGUCUGUUCUUUUAAAUUGUGUGUCAUGCUGUAUAAAUAAUUGAAUGUAUCAAUCUUUCAGACGGGAGAAGUUUGAAAAAGAUUAGAGUAAUGACUUGGAUUUUAAGGAAAUAUUUUUCAUACCAUUUGUAAAAAGAAAAAGAAAAAAUUAAAAAUGAAAGAAAAGGUAAUAAAUAGUUUGUAACACUUCCGUUAUAUAUAAAGUGCAGGUUAAAGUGUUUUCAGUGUAAAUAAGAGCAAUAUUAUAAAUAUUGUCAGUUUAGUGCCAAUGUAUUCUGUAAAGUUUUUAAUUCUUUAUUUCUGCUUAAAGAUUGAAGUAUGCUAGUUUGUUGUCAAGUUAAAGGUUCUUUCCAAUA